AUGGUGGCACUGCUGUGUUUUGUCCCAAAACGGUGUCACCCCGUGCCUGGGGACCAGAGGAGCCACACGGGGGAACGGCCCUACGAGUGUGGGCAGUGCGGCAAGAGCUUCACGACGAGCGCCGGCCUGGUGUGCCACCAGAGGAGCCACACCGGGGAGAGGCCCUACAAGUGUGGGCAGUGUGGGAAGAGCUUCAGCACGAGGUCCUGCCUGGCUUCCCACCAGAAAAGCCACUGCGGGGAGAAGCCCUUUGAGUGCGUGCUGUGCGGGAAGAGGUUUCGGGUUAACUCCACGCUCCAGAGGCACCAGAGCGCGCACGCGGGGGAGAAGCCCUUCCGCUGCCCCGACUGCAAUCGGGGCUUCAAGCUCCACACCUACCUGGUCAAGCACCGGCUCAUCCACUCCGGGCAGGGGCCCCGUGAGUGUCCCCAGUGUGGGAAGAGCUUCUCGGCGAGCUCCCUCUUGGCCAGACACCAGUGGAAGUACCACUGAGGGCAGCGCCGUGAGUGCCCAGAGCGCGGGAAGAGCUCCGUGCGCUGCUCCAGCUCCAAACCCCACGGGAGGAUCCGCGCUGGAUGAUCCCCAGGGAGCCCCGGUGAUCCCUGAUCCCUGUUGGUCUUCCCUGGCUCCCCGUGGUCACCUGGGCACAUCCACAGUCCAACAUCAGGCAUCCGUUGUGGAGAGCUGGAUUUGUCAACUUCUGACCCUAGAAAAAUUUUAGUUUUUCGGUUUUGUGGUGGUCUUAAGCAACACUGGAUAACCUCGGAGGUCUUCUCCCACAUCAAUCCAUUGUUUUAUUUAUUUCUGGCCCACGGGCAUCUUCCACAGCGAAAUGGAGUGGGAUUGGGGCAAACCCCAGAAUUUUGGAGAGAGUGGGGUGGAAACUCCUCCAAAAAAGGUUCUUCCCACCCGUCCAAGCCCGUGGAUGCUCUGGCAGCAGGGACAUGUAAAUCCUUUCGUUUUGGUUUUGAAAUGAAAAGGUUUCUGUUCAUCCCGUUGAAAGCCCUGAAGUUGAAGUAGAAAUAAAGAUGUUGAUGUGA